AUGGCACAUUCUACACCUGUCCAACUUCACCAGAUUUACAGCAUCCAUGUACAAAUUGAAGGCAUUAUGACCCCAGUUGUAUAUGCACUACUUCCUGGAAAGAGCCAGGUUAUCUACAACCGUCUCUUCACGCUACUACAGGAUCUAAUGACACACUUCCAGAUUCUAUUCCGACUCAAUACAGCCUUCGUCGAUUUUGAGGUAGCCACACACAAUGCCAUCCUAGGUGUAUUUCAAGGUAUCACCAUUAAAGGAUGUUUUUUACACCAGUGCAUUUGGCGAAAUGCCCAGUCAACCGGACUCCAGACACUGUACAAUGACAACGAUGGCGUCAAACUACUUGUACGCCGAGCUGCUGUUCUGCCACUCAUCCCCUUAAAUCGUAUUGAGGACGUCUGGUUACAAACAUUUGAGGAAGCUGAUGAUGCUGACAUCCCACAUCUCGUGUUGUCAUUCACAGAUUACGUCACAGAGUGA